AUGGCGCUGCUGCGGGCGGCCGCGCUCCCCGCCGAGGGCUGCCCGGCCUGGCUGCCCACGCACGUCCAGGUGACGGUGGUGCGGGCCCGCGGGCUGCGCUGCAAGGGCGGCGGCGGCGGCAAAGGCAAAGCGGGCGGCAGCGACGCCUACACCGUGAUCCAGCUGGGCCGCGAGAAGUACAGCACCUCGGUGGCCGAGAAGAGCGGCGGCAGCCCCGAGUGGAGGGAGGAAUGCGCCUUCGAGCUGCCCCCCGAGCCCGGGGCCUGCGGCGGGCUGGUGCUCACCGUGAUGCACCGGGCGCUGGUGGGCAUGGACCGGUUCCUGGGCCAGGCCCUGGUGCCCCUGGAGCCCGCCCGGCAGCGCGGCCGCGAGCCCGACGAGCGGUGGCACAAGCUGCACUCCAAGGCUGGGAAGAAGGAGAAGGAGCGCGGUGAGAUCCUGGUGAGCAUCCAGUUCACGCGGAACAGCCUCACCGCCAGCAUGUUCGACCUGUCCAUGAAGGACAAGCCGCGCUCGCCCUUCGGGAAGCUCAAGGACAAGGUGACAGGCAAGAAGAAGUACGACCUGGAGUCGGCCUCUGCCAUCAUCCCCAGCAGCCUGGGGGCCCUGGACGUGGAGGAUGACUUCGAGCUCGGGGGCAAGAAGUCCAAAGUCAAGGGCUUCUUCCUGAAGAACAAGCUGCGCAAAUCGUCGCUGACGCAGUCCAACACCUCCCUGGGCUCCGACAGCACCGUCUCCUCUGCCAGCCUGAGCCUGGCAGCCAAUGCCCCCGAGGGGACCAAAUCCCCCAGCAGACACGGCAGUCUGACCACCGAGCGCUCUGUGAGAGACCUGCUGCCCUCCCCGAAGCUGACCCACAAGCGAGCCUUCAGCGACGACGUGUCCCAGGCCAGCCCGGUGCCGGAGGCCAAGGCCGCGCCGAGCCCCGGCCCGAAGCAGGAGCCCGCGUCCCGCUCCUCGCUGUGCAUCAACGGCAGCCACGUGUACGGGGAGGAGCCGGCCCUCAGGAACCCCGCCGGCUCGGCCCCCGUGCCCGUGCCCGUGCCCGCCCUGCCCCGCAGGCACGACGAGGCGUUCGGCUUCGCCCCCCUGCACCCCGACCCUCAGGACGCGCCCCGGGGGCUGGGCGGCCUGGAGAGGGCCCAGCAGAGGGACGAGCCCCGCUUCAUCCCGUCCCCUCCCAGCCUGGCCCUGCAGGAGGAGCUCAAGGUGUCCACCAAGGCCGUGACCCUCAGCAACCACCUGGGCCGGGCCAGGAUGGAGGAGAGCAAUCGCCUGGAGAGCAAAGCCGGCCAGGCCGCGCCUCCGCCGGGCUUCCCCGCGGAGCCCAAGGACGGAGCGCCCCAGGACAGCGCCAAGGAGGACAAGAGAGCCAAGGGAGGCUUCUUCCACCACGGGGGCACCAGGAGUGACGCGGGGGACAGAGGGACCCCCGUCCACGCCUCGGCUGCGGGGGAUGAGAGGAGUAAGAGCAGCGGCUGGUUUGGGUCCAAGGAGGCCAGAGAGUCCCCUCAGAAACCCAGUUUCCCGCCUGGGCCGCGUGCUGCACCAGAGGUCGCUGGGAGCUUUUAUUCCUCUGAGGAUUGCAGUCCCUCUGCCUCCCCAAGGCAGGCAGACCCCGAGAGGGAGCCUCCAGCCCAAAGCGUUGGCGUCCCCGUGCCAGAAACCACUCCCCCAGCACCGGGAGAGCUCCCUCCUGCCGCCAGCGACCCCGCCGUCCCCCCGCUGCCCUCGGAGUGGGACGAGACCUUCGAUGCCUUUGCCACCAGCAGGCUCAAACCCGAGCGGAAGAAGGAGGACUUCUUUGCCUCGGUGGCAGCGGAGGGCAUGGCUUUCAUUGAUGACCCCGACAGAGCCAGCCCGACCGAGCGCUCUGCCCAGCCGCCCUGCCGGAAGGGCUCCAAAGCGUUCGAAGAGGCCGAGUCGCCCAUGGGCGCUGAAAUCCCCGCAGCUCUCCGCUCUUGGACAAAUUUCUCCAGUCUAGACGUGGGGGCCAACCUGGUGAGCACCACCCAGGAGGCCACGGUGAUCGAGGAUGUGCUGAGCCCCGUGUCCGCCGGCUCCGUGGCCGGGAGGAGGAAAAGCAGCACGCCCACGGUCUGGACAGCCGCGUUUGCCUCGGGCAACCCCGGGGACAAAGAGGCGCCACCAGCUCUGAGCGCUGAAAAUCGCGCCAGGGAGGAAGGGGACAGCGGUGAGGAGGAGUCCUGCAGCGCAGGGACCAACGGCUGGAUGACCAUAGCCACGGAAACCGCCGCUGACCCCUCUGAGAGCGCCCCGAGCGCGGCCGAGGAGCGCGAGGGCGCCUUCGGCCCGCGCCCGCCCUUCCUGGCCGAGGGCGCCUUCGAAGCCCCUUCAUCCUGUGCUGCCACCCGCGUGUUCCCAGGAGCUCGCUGCCCCCCCGAGGCCCCGGCCGGCAGCACCGCGGCGGCCGUGUCCCCGCGGGCGCUCGGGGACGUGGCAGCGCGGAGCUUCCCCGAGGCGGGCGCGGAGCCCGGCGGCGGCCGGGAGGACGCCUCGGACAUCCGCAGCUCGGUGUUCCGGCUGCAGGCCAGCAUGAGGCUGCGGGCCAGCGACGGCCUCCUGCAGCUCGGCUCCGACAUCGCUGAGCGGCGCGCGGUGCCGUCCCCGUCCCCGUCCCCGUGGGAGGCACACCGGGGCCGCCAGGAGCCGGCCGCGCCGCCCCCCAAACCCCCCAGGUGGUUCGCGGCCGCCCUGGGGGAUGGCGAGGAGGGAGAGCCCGGUGGCACCCAGCGAGGCACGCAGGGGCGGUGGGAGGACUCAGAGGGCCCUGGAGCGGAGAUGGGAUCGCCAAAGCGCCGUGGGAGCAGCGAGCCCUCGGUGCCGGCGCCUCCCAGCCUGCCCGCACCGCGAGCGGACGCCGCUGAAGCCGAGAGUGAGUUCCCAGUGCCCGAGGGGGCCGGGGCUGCCGGUGUGGACUCGGCAGCUGCCUUGGAGACAGGAGCCAGCGAGCUGGGGACAGGGGACGCCUCUGUGGGGGAGCACCCGUCAGAGGUGAACGAGAUGGACGUGGCCGAGCAGUUUGAGAGCUGCACAUCCAAGUUCUCCCUGGAUGGACUGGAGCAGUCGGGUGCUGAGGAGAGCUGGAGCCAGCCCCGUUUAUCCCCUCGGAUGCAGGGGGCCGCAGACAGUGCCAGGUGGGAAACAGCCUGCAAACAGGAGCUGUUCCCUGAGGAGCUCAGUAUUUCGGGACUUGACCCACCUUCCAAGCUAGCCCCGGGCCAGCCGGCCAGCUGGACGGCUCUGGAAGAGCAGGAGGCAGCCGGGCGUCCACACCCACGGCCCCAAAGGUCAGAACAUGGGGAGAGCCCAUCCCAGCUGGAGCUGGCAUGCCAGGAUGGCGAGGGGCCAGCAGGAGAGCAGCCCGAGGCCUGCGCCCCUCCCGAGGAGGCAGAGCAGGGCAGUGCCCCCGCCAGCGAGGAGCCCCAGGGGCACUCGGCAGAGAGCAGGAUAGACUUCAAGAAAGCCGAUUUCUGGAAACCAGAUAGGGCAGAGGAGAGGCACGCACAGGGAGCCCUGAGGAAUCCCUUCACCCUGGCGCUGAGCCCCAAUUCCCCGAGCAAUCCCUUCGUGGAGAAGCCCCCAGCCCCUCUCCCCAUCCGAGCUGUGCUGCCCGAAAAGCUUGAGCAGGGCGACUUCAGCUUCCUCAGCCUGCAGGAGGAAGCCCCCGGGCACGGCUUGCAGCCCACUAACGCUACCCCCCUGCAUGCCAGCCCGCCCCUGGCCUUCUCCACCCCUUUCCUCGUGGCUGCCACUAACCCUGAGCCCUGUGGCCGCCCCCGGAGCCCCGCGGGGGUCCCCGCCAGCCCCGCCGCCGCCCGGCCGCGCCCGCAGCGCGGGGACGCACAAGCUUCAGCGCUCCUGGUUCUGCCCAGGGAGACACGGCCGGCUGAGAAGCCCCUGUGCCAGCAGACGUCCAGCCCCCACCCCGUGAAGCCCCUGAGUGCUGUGCAGGAGGGCUCCAGCGAGAGGAAGCAGCAGCACAGGGCCAGCCUGAGCUCGGCGCUGAGCAAUGGCCUGGAGAGGCUGAAGAUGGUGACCACGAGCAACGUCCAGCCCGUGGCCCCGGCCUCCCACCCGGACAAAUCCGACCCCAAGUUAAAGGACCCCGCCCAGCCCGACCAGUCGGCCAAGUAUUACCACCUGACCCACCACGAGCUGAUCCAGCUGCUGCUGCAGAAGGAGGCCGAGCUGAGCAAGAAGGAGGAGCACAUCCGGGAGCUGGAGAACUACAUCGACCAGCUGCUGGUGCGCAUCAUGGAGCAGUCCCCCACGCUGCUGCAGAUCCCCCUGGGCGGGGGCCAGGCCCCCUGAGCCUGCCGGGGCCGCAGAGCCGCGCCCCGCUCGCCGCGCUGCCGCCGUCCCGCGCUCCCUCCCCUCACCCGGGCCCUCCCGUGGCUUCUGUCCCCCGAGAACAGAGGGUUCUCUGCUCCUUCCCGGCCUGAGCGUGCCCCAGCUCGGCUCCAGGGAGCCGUAGGGUGCUGGGCUGGCAGCGCCCUAUGGGGAGGAGCGGAGCCCUCCGCACGGGGCAGGCGCCUCAGCGAGUGCCACCUCCUGCCAGAGCUUUAAGUGACCCGUGGACAUCUGAGAGCUGGAAACCAUCUCCCCGUCACUUCCUCCUGCUGCUGCUCCUCUGCCCACACUCCUCCUCCUCCUGUCUGCCCCGGGGUGGUGUCCCCCGGCUGCUGGGUGCUGUUGGACUGGUGGGUGACGCUGGGGACACCCAGACCCAGUGAGGCUCCCCCAGCACGUCCCUGGGACACUCCUGCCCCGGUUACCCCCAGGGAAGGGGGAAGAGCCGCCUGCAGUUUGUGCCACUCCCCGAGCACAGGGAGAUGCUCCACGAAGGGACAGCACCUCGCUCUGAGGGCCUGGCGUGGUGUCAGAGCCUGGCUGGGCCACGCUGGCCCUGUCACUGUCACGGUGACACUGCCUGGGUCCCUCAGGCGGGACUGGGAAUAUGGGAACGGGAACGUGGGAUCGUGCCCCAGGAGAUCCUGUGCAUCCCCCACCCAGCAACGGGGCUGCUGUGUCCUGGAGGGACUGAGGAAUCCAGGCUGAAUUUCCACUCGGCAUUCCCAGGAAGGGCUGCUCCGCCCUGCCUCUGCCUGGUCUGUCCCAGCACAGCAGGAAAACGCCCCCGGAGCGAGGCCUGGUGGGGUCAGGCGCCCCAAAGCCUCCUGGCACAGCCCAGAGUUCCCAAAUCCUGGCAGGGCCCCCCGGGCAGGGCAGUGAGCACAUGCACACGCUGGGAUCAGGGCUGCGGGGCAGCUCUGCCCGCCGCUGAGCCCUCAGUGACCCCCAAGGGCUCUGAUUUACCGUUGAUUUGGGGGUGCUGCCAAAGGGGACAGGAAAGGUGUUGUUCCCUCCCUCAUCCUGCCAGGAUUUUGGCUGGAGAAGGUUCCCGUGCAGGCAGAGGGGCAGUUGGAGCGGGAUUCCGACAUGAAAGGCUGCUUCUCUCUCUUCUCUGUCUCCCAAAGUUUCUGGGCUCCUCUAAAACCUCCCUGCUCUUCACUUGCCUCAAUCCAGACCAUGACUUUGAAGAAUGGUGCCUUUUGCCAUAGGCCAGUAGCAGUUUCCUGCCCCAGAAAGGCUCUGAAAUCCCCUUCUCAGUCCCACACCACCCGCCUGGGGCAGGUUCCUCCUCUGCUUUCCUUCUCAGCCGAGAAAAGGGAGUUAGUUGUUACCCACGGAGGGCAGAGCCUCCCCUGCAGGAGCCCUGGGUCCUGCCAUGAGUUGUGCACAGCAGCUCGGGAGAGGUGGAGGCAGAGAUCAGGGCAGGCUGAGUAUUCCAAGAUAAAACCCAGCUGGAGACGGAGCAUUGGGUCAGGAGAAAGGGAGCUCUGCACGAGGAGGAGGAGGAUUUGUUCCCUGGGGGAACACCAGCCACGAACCUCCCACUCCUUACUGCCUCUCCCCUCCUGGGAAGCACCUGAGGGUUUGCAGUGCUCCUCUGCGCUUCUGCUCCUCCUCCCUCCGUGUUUCUGGGUGGGAUGGGAGUGUCCAGGGCAAGGUGUUUGUCCCGUUUCAGAAAGUGCCAGGAGCCUGCGGGGUCAGGUCCCCCUGUGUCCCUGUGAGCUGCAGGCAGUCCGGGGGGAGCUGUGGGAAUGCAGCGCCGGGAGAGCAGCAGGGCACGAAUGAAUUCCCAGGAAUGAGUGCUGGGAAAAGGGAGAGGAAUUCCUCAGGAGGGCAGUAAUGGGGGAGAUGCAGAGCCAACAUCUCCCACAGGGCCGGGGCCCCUCUGUGGCUGCCAGUGACACAAACAUCCCGUCCUUGGCCCCGUGCCCCUGCAGGGAAGGGCGCUGCUGCUCCCCACACAAGUGCCGAUGUUUAUACGGAUCCCACGGCACCUCCUUCCCUCCUCUCCCUCCUCUCCCGUCGUGUCUCACCGCCUCCCUCAGCCCCCUCUGCCUUAGUCAGCUCUGCCUUGUUUUGCUCCAGAAGCCUGAAGGAUUUGCAUUUGAAUAUGAAAUGUUACUCUCAGAGCUCAGCAGGUUGUGCCGGGUGUGCGGCCCUGCCAGCAACAGGUGCUUCCACAUCUCCUGUUUUAGCAAUACCUGUUCUAUCCCCUCAUCUCCUGCCUUUCCAGCAGCAGGUGCUUCCACAUCUCCUGUUUUAGCAAUACCUGUUCUAUCCCCUCAUCUCCUGCCUUUCCAGCAACAGGUGCUUCCACAUCUCCUGCCUUUCCAGCAACAGGUGCUUCCACAUCUCCUGUUUCCAGCAGUAGGUGCUUCCACAUCUCCUGUUUUUAGCAAUACCUGUUCUAUCCCCUUAUCUCCUGCCUUUCCAGCCAUAGGUGCUUCCACAUCUCCUGUUUCCAGCAGUAGGUGCUUCCACAUCUCCUGCCUUUCCAGCAGUAGGUGCUUCCACAUCUCCUGCCUUUCCAGCAGUAGGUGCUUCCACAUCUCCUGCCUUUCCAGCAGUAGGUGCUUCCACAUCUCCUGCCUUUCCAGCAGUAGGUGCUUCCACAUCUCCUGUUUUAGCAAUACCUGUUCUAUCCCCUCAUCUCCUGUUUCCAGCAGUAGGUGCUUCCACAUCUCCUGUUUUUAGCAAUAGAUGCUCCCACAUCUCCUGUUUUUAGCAAUACCUGUUCUAUUCCUUCUUCUGUUUCCAGCAGUACCUCUUCCCUCCUUUCCUGCCUUUCCAGCAAUAGGUGUUUCCGUAUCACCCAUUUCCUGCAAUACCUGCUCUUUCCAUCUCCUGCCUUUCAAAAAAAUACCUGUUCCCUCUUCUGCCUUUCCAAGAAUACCUGUUCCCUCAUCUCCUGCCUUUCCAGCAGUAAGUGCUUCCACAUCUCCUGUUUUGGCAAUACCUGUUCGAUUUCCUCAUCUCCUGCCUUUCCAAGAAUACCUGUUUACUCAUCUCCUGCCUUUCCAGCAAUAGGUGUUUCUGUAUCUCCUGCCUUUCCAGCAAUUCCUGUUCUAUUCCCACAUCUCCUGUUUCCAGCAGUAGGUGCUUCCAUAUCUCCUGUUUCCAGCCAUACCUGUUCCCUCCUUUCCUGCCUUUGCAGCAGUAGGUGCUUCCACAUCUCCUGCCUUUCCAGCAAUUCCUGAUCCAUUCCCUGAUCCUCAUCUCCUGCCUUUCCAGCAAUGGGUGUUUCCAUAUCUCCCAUUUCCAGCAGUAUCUGCUCCUUCUAUCUCCUGCCUUUCCAGCAAUUCCUGAUCCAUUCCCUGAUCCUCAUCUCCUGCCUUUCCAGCAAUGGGUGUUUCCAUAUCCCCUGCCUUUCCAGCUAUUCCUGUUCCAUUCCCUCAUCCUCUCCUUUUCCAGCAGUUCCCGUUCUCUUCCCUCAUCUCCUCCCUUUCCAGCAGUUCCUGUUCUGUUCCCUCAUCUCCUCCCUUUCCAGCAGUUCCUGUUCUGUUCCCUCAUCUCCUCCUUUUCCAGCAGUUCCUGUUCCGUUCCCUCAUCCCCCGUUUGCAGUGAUCCCUGCCCAUCAUCUCCAGGAUCCCUGCCCAUCUCCAGGAUCCCUGCCCAUCUCCAGGAUCCCUGUCCAUCCCCAGGAUCCCUGCCCAUCCCCAGGAUCCCCGUCCAUCCCCAGGAUCCCUGCCCAUCCCCAGGAUCCCCGUCCAUCCCCAGGAUCCCUGCCCAUCCCCAGGAUCCCUGCCCAUCCCCAGGAUCCCUGCCCAUCCCCAGGAUCUCUGCCCAUCCCCAGGAUCCCCGUCCAUCCCCAGGAUCCCUGCCCAUCCCCAGGAUCCCUGCCCAUCAUCUCCAGGAUCCCUGCCCAUCCCCAGGAUCCCUGCCCAUCAUCUCCAGGAUCCCUGCCCAUCCCCAGGAUCCCUGCCCAUCCCCAGGAUCCCUCCGCAUCCCCAGGAUCCCUGCCCAUCCCCAGGAUCCCUGCCCAUCUCCAGGAUCCCUGCCCAUCUCCAUGAUCCCUGCCCAUCCCCAGGAUCCCUGCCCAUCCCCAGGAUCCCUGUCCAUCCCUAGGAUCCCUGUCCAUCCCUAGGAUCCCUGUCCAUCCCCAGGAUCCCUGCCCAUCCCCAGGAUCCCUGUCCAUCUCCAGGAUCCCUGCCCAUCAUCUCCAGGAUCCCUGUGCAUCCCCAGGAUCCCUGUCCAUCCCCAGGAUCCCUGCCCAUCCCCAGGAUCCCUGCCCAUCUCCAGGAUCCCUGCCCAUCCCCAGGAUCCCUGCCCAUCCCCAGGAUCCCUGCCCAUCCCCAGGAUCCCUGCCCAUCCCCACGAUCCCUGCCCAUCAUCCCCAGGAUCCCUGUCCAUCCCCAGGAUCCCUGUCCAUCUCCAGGAUCCCUGCCCAUCUCCAGGAUCCCUGCCCAUCCCCAGGAUCCCUGCCCAUCUCCAGGAUCCCUGCCCAUCAUCCCCAGGAUCCCUGCCCAUCCCCAGGAUCCCUGCCCAUCCCCAGGAUCCAAGGUGUGCCCAGGUCCCUUGGCGCUGAGCCGAGCAGUGAGAGCUGUUCCGUGCCUGUCCUCCAGCGUCCAGAGGUUCCUCCCCGUGUUUGGGGAAGGUGUUUCACAGAUGUUCUCCUCUCUGGUCUCUGUCUCCCCGCCCCGCUGUGCUGAACGUGUUGGGUUUCCUCCCCUCACCACGCAGUUUUUGUUCCGUGCACGAGAGCAGCGCUGGAGUGGAGUCCGUGGUGUUGGUGUUAAACCUCCGCCGUCCCAAGGGAAGGGUUUGAGGACAUGAAAGCUUCCUCAGAGAGGGGAUGAGGAGGAGGAUGUGGGGAAAUGUUCUCAAGUUGCCCAUCUGGGAUUUAUCUCUGUGUUUAGUGACUGAAUUUCCCUAUUUAGUGAUUUAUUUGGGAUUUUUUGGGGAUCUUGGGGCAGGAGCAUUGUUCCUGCUCCAUGUUCCUGGCUGUGCUCUGAGCCACGGGAUUAAUCUCCGUGUUUAGUGACAGACUCUCCUUAUUUACUGAUUUUUUUGGGAUCCUGGGGCAGGAGCAGCGUUCCUGCUCCAUGUUCCUGGCCGUGCUCUGAGCCACGGGAUUAAUCUCCGUGUUUAGUGACAGAAUCUCCUUAUUUACUGAUUUUUUUGGGAUCCUGGGGCAGGAGCAGCGUUCCUGCUCCGUGUUCCUGGCCGUGCUCUGAGCCACGGGAUUAAUCUCCGUGUUUAGUGACAGACUCUCCUUAUUUACUGAUUUUUUUGGGAUCCUGGGGCAGGAGCAGCGUUCCUGCUCCGUGUUCCUGGCCGUGCUCUGAGCUCUGUCUCUCUCUGCUGAGCCCAGCACACCCCAAAGGUUUUCUGGGCCAGCGGCAGCUUCUCCCUGUCGUGUUUUAAGCACAGCCAUAACAAUUCCCCGUGGUUUUGCCUUUCUCCUGGAGCUUGUUUCUCCACGCUCGAGCUGUUCCUCGAGGCUGCGGCACGGUGCCGUGCUCUGCCUUUGCUGCCAGCCUGCAGUUGGGUUUUUGCUUCUUGAGAACUUUGGCCAAUGAUUUCUUUUUCCCCUUGCCCGGUCCCCCUGGCCAGAAGAACCACCAAGGUUUAUCCUCAAACUGGAACAAACCUGGGGGAUUGUGGAUUCUCCAGCGUGAGCCAGGCUGGGCCUCGUCUGGGGAAUGGAUCCGCCGUGUUUGGGGUUAAAAACCUGGAAAAACAUCCCCAGGCGGGAGAAGUGUCGGGGCUUUUGUUUGGAGUUGUUGGUUUCCCUGUUCUUCACGUCCGCAGGAAGUUGGUUCUGUGUGUCUCAUGUUUUAAGAGUUGCAACUAAUGUUUAUAAAGAGCUUGUUAUUUACGUUUUAAGCACUUUAAAAAAAAAAAAAAAGAAAAAAAAAAGAGAAAUAAAAGUUGUUC